GCUACAGCUGGGGAUUAUUGGAAGUUUUGCCAUUCAAACCGCGCGGGGGGCGGAGUCAACAGACCGCGAGCCGACUCAGCGGAGUCACUGCAAACUUGGCAGGAGACGAAGCCCUCGCUGUUUCCCGAGGCGCGUGUCACACCGGCAUACAAAGUGACCUCGCGCCGCAUCUUUAUAUCCUUUCACGGUGCGCCUCGCGAGUCCGGUGGCACUGCGCUCGGGGAAGAUUCAACUUUUUCCUGCUCUCGUGACUGGCCGCGGGACAUAGGAUAGUUUGAAUCCAACAUCUGUACGGUCUGAAACAAAGACGCGUCUUUGCGAGAGAGAAACAAACUGGCUUCAGUGGUCUAGAGAUCAGUGAGAUGCUGUGUGGGGCUGCAUGACACUUUUCACUCUGUUGUGUUGCACUUAUGGUUGGGCUUCUUGACUCCUAUGAAUACCCCUGAGACUCAUAAUCAUAAGGACAAUGGAUAACUUUUUCACCGAGGGUUGUCGAGUGUGGCUCUGGGUGGAGGAUCAUUAUGUCCCCAGUACCGUGGACUCGUGCUCUGGUGGAGUGGUGGUCUUUAACACAGACUAUGGCCAGGUGUACACUUACAAACAGAAUGCCGUGAGCAGGCAGAGGGUUUACCCCAUGCACAGCAGCAGUAUCAGUGGGGUCGAGGACAUGGCAACCCUACAGGACCUACACGACGGGGCCAUUCUACACAACCUGCAGCUCCGCUACACACAGAAGAGCAUAUAUGUGAGUAAACACACAGCAAAAUCACCCACAAACACUCAAUAUAACAUUGUUUGUUAUUCAUUAAGAGUGCAUUUUUACAAAUGAGUGUGUGUUACG